AGUGACCUCAGCGCUGGAGAAGCCUCUGCUCAGCCUCAGACGCAGGACGGCCGGGCAGCUCCAGGGCACCAAAGUCCCUCUCUCUCUCCAACAUCCUACUGUCCGCGCUCUGCAGGCCACAGGGGAGGACCUGGGGUCUCCUUGACCAGCGGGGUGUCAUCCUCAGCACAAACUAGAGCUCUGGGCUCUUGCUGGGACCGUCCCAGGCCACAGCCCAGCUGCCUGGUUUCCUGCUGCUCCACUGGGUGAUGGGAAUGCAGACCCUGGCCACCACCCAGGGCAGGGCCCUCUGGGCUCUCCUCCUGGCCACACUCAGCUCUGUGGCUGGCCAGCCGCUAAGAGGAGACUCCAUGUGUACAGCCCGACCCCUGGCCAAGUACAGCAUCACCUUCACGGGCAAAUGGAGCCAGACGGCCUUUCCCAAGCAGUACCCACUCUAUCGGCCACCUGCACAGUGGUCUUCCCUGCUGGGGGCAGCACACAGCUCCGACUACAGCAUGUGGCGGGAGAGCCAGUAUGCCAGCAAUGGGCUGAGGGACUUCGCAGAGCGUGGCGAGGCCUGGGCCCUGAUGAAGGAGAUCGAGGCAGCUGGGGAGAAGCUACAGAGUGUGCACGAGGUGUUCUCAGCACCUGCCGUGCCCAGCGGCACAGGACAGACCUCCACGGAGUUUGAGGCCCAUGCCAGGCACUCGCUCGUGUCCUUUGUGGUCCGGAUCGUGCCCAGCCCUGACUGGUUCGUGGGCAUCGACAGUUUAAACCUGUGUGACGGGAACCACUGGAGGGAGCAGGUCACCAUGGACCUUUAUCCUCAUGAUGCUGGGACAGACAGUGGCUUCACCUUCUCCUCCCCCAACUUCGCAACCAUCCCACAGGACACAGUGACCAAGAUAACGUCCUCCUCUCCUAGCCACCCGGCAAACUCCUUCUAUUACCCACGGCUGAAGGCCCUGCCCCCCAUUGCCAGGGUGACCCUGGUACGUCUCCGGCAGAGCCCCAGAGCCUACGUUCCGCCGGCCAUAGACCUGGCAGGCCAGAGCAACGAAAUCGUGGACAGCCUCUCCGUUCCAGAAACGCCACUGGACUGCGAGGUCUCUCUUUGGUCAUCCUGGGGGCUGUGCAGAGGUCCAUGCGGGAAGCUGGGAGCCAAGACCAGGACACGCUAUGUCCGUGUGCAGCCCGCCAACCAUGGGGCACCCUGCCCUGAGCUGGAGGAGGAGGUGGAGUGCAUUCCUGACAACUGUGUGUGAGCCUAGGCCCCACAGGCCCAGUUGUGGUGCUGGGGCCACACACUGAGCUGGCCAAGCUGGCAGCUUCAUCACCUCUGAGCUCCACUGCUGACCGACCCUGCGCACAGACAUGCUCACGGGCCACAGGGGAUGUCAUGAACAGGGGCUUCCUUUCUGCAAGUUGUCCCUUGAGGCACCUCGUCCUGAGGUGCACCCUCAUGGAGACUCACAAGUCUGCUCUAAGUCAGGUCCAGUGUAUUUAUCACUGUGUGGGCCACUGUCCUCAAUGCAGAGGAUGUGAGCACAGAGCCUGGGAAGGUGCCCUACAGGACAGCCACACACCUCAGGUCCAGGAGCCCCUUGCCCCUUGCGCUGGCUGUGAAAUACCUCGGUCCUGGUGCCCAGAUGGCCACUGGCACAGGAGCCCUGCACCACACCUGCUGCUUGAAGCGAGGCUGCCACCAGAUACCCGCUGCUCCUGGCAUCCAAACAGGCCAUACCAUGGGAGAUAAAUAAAGGGGGCAGGCUGGGACACCUCACCUGGCACUGUCACAUGACUGAUCUGUGCACUUAAAUAAAGACUAUUUCCUGA